AUGUUGCUCAUCCCGUUGCAACACAGUCCAGUUCAAUACCCACCACAGAACGAUCCGGUUCUACCACCUGAGAACAUGCUGCUCAAGAUCGCGUUGUGUUUGGUCGGUUUGAUUUUAGCCCCAGCAGUGUUCGGUGCUGAAAGUUGUGAAAAACAAAAUGCAGUGAUUAUUUCCAAGCUGAGCAGUGAUGUGGCUUUUCUCGAGCAAGGAUUUUUGGAGCUGUCUGCGAGCACAAAAGAAAUGCUGUGGAGCACGAUGCGCAUGGAGAUGCGACUGAAUCAACUCAAGACAGAGCUGGAAUUGCUGAAAAAAUCCUCAACUUCAAGUACUGGUUCGACAUCAGAAACGAGCUCAGUUGCCUCUUCUUCUUCUUCUUCUUCGGCGGGAGUGACAACGUCUAACAGUGGCUCCCCAAGCAGUUGCAGUUUGGAAAAACUGCUUCAUGAUCAGUUCAAGAAUGUGCCCAUAGAGAUUAAAAUUAAUCAACCGAACAAGCACACUAGUAUUAACUCAACUGAGGCAACUAAUGAGGAUCCUGAGGCGCUACUUUCGGACGGCGAGCUAUCGACGUGUUCACAGGCCAAUAAAACGGGCAUCUAUCGGGUCAAGAUCAACGCUAACACUACAGAACGAGUGCUCUGCGAUGCAGAGUUUGAAAAAGGUGGUUGGGUUGUAAUACAGCAUCGAUUCAAUGGCUCGGUAGACUUCUACCGUAAAUGGACAGAGUAUGAAAAUGGCUUCGGAAUGCUUUCGGGAGAGUUUUGGUUGGGAAACGAAAAGAUCACAAAGCUCACCGCAGAGAAGCCUCGUGAGAUCGCAUUUGUGAUGGAAGAUUUUGACAAUGUCCAAGCAAUAGCAAAGUACAACGCGUUCCAGAUGGGCAAUAAGCUUGAAAAGUACAGUCUCAAAAGCUUAGGAUCCAUUAGCGGAAAUGUCGGUGACUCACUGUCCCGCAACGUGGGCUCCAAGUUCAGCACCCACGAUAUGGACAACGACAAAUCGUCCUCCCAUUGCGCCCAGCUGUAUCGUGGUGGAUGGUGGUACGACGAUUGCCAUCUGGCGAACCUGAACGGAAAAUACUUGAAAGGAUCAACCUCGGAGUAUGCGACAUCGAUGUGCUGGAGCUCGUUCAAGGGAUUUCAUUAUUCGCUUAAAACAUCUCGCAUCAUGGUGCGCUUCUGA